GUGUGGCUCCAUUCACCAUGAAAGUGCCAGGGUGGGAGUACGUCCAGCGUGUGCCGCCGGCCUUCUUCUCGCUGGCGAUUGUGCUUCUCUCGAGACAGAUCAUUGACCCACAGAACUCUGUGCAUGUGUGGAUCGCGCGUGGGCUGUUCGCCGCCUCUCAAUUGAGCUGCAUCGCCGUCUUGGUGUAUCUCUACUUCCAAUCUCGCGAGAACAAGGACCCUGCGACGGUGAUUGUGAAGGAAGAUUUGGGAUUCGGACAAGAAGGGGAGAAGACGGAGAAGAUCACCAUCGGCGAGCACGAUCAACGCGCAGCGCUCAAGGACAUCCAAAAGGUGGCUCUCGGUCUGGCGGUGUCGUCGUUCAUCCACGUCUACUGGGGCUUCAUCCCUCCCCUCGUGAUCGGUGUCUACAACGGCCCCCAAGCGCUCCUCCAAAUGCCGCUGGUCCGCGUGCUGUUGCGCGGGGAACGGGCAUGGGGCAAACUGCAACGUCCAUGGGCGGAACCCAUUGCUUCCUUCGGCAAGCGCUUUGAAGCAUGGAACGAUACCAUCACGUCGGCGUUCACCACGGACAACAACGCCAAGCCCAAAAAGGAAAAGAAGGAAAAGAAGGAAAAAAAGCGCCGAUAA